CGCUCUCCGAGUUUCCGUCAUUUUUUUUAUCGCAAAUUGGCAAGUCGAUUUCAAUAUGGCGCUACUUGGACUCGUUCUAUUGCUCUUCUCUCUCCCCUCAGUUUUUCUGUGAAGUGCGCGUGAACAUAUAACUCGUUCUCCCAUUCCAAGUAUCUAUUUAUCAGGUUCUCUGUUGGCCUCAUAGCGCCGUUCUACUACUGUGGAGAGACCGUACAUCCUAGUGAAGUAUAAAUUAAUGCCAGUGCUAUGCUUUGUUAUUCUCCACUCAACACGGCCACUAAUGGUCACUGAUACUUCUCGAUUACUCUUGCAUUGUUAUUGACGUUCUCAUCUGUGUCGAUGUCAAAAUUUCAGUGGCCAAGUGAAAUGAAAAACCCUGUUAACACACGUUUUUUUCUCUCACAUUGUGUGCAUAUGUAAUAAGGAGCUAUCUAUGAGGUAUCCACCAAAUGGAGAUUGGGAAUCUGUGCGAAUUGCUGAUUGUUGAAUUCUCAGUAAAAAAAUCAAUUUUAAUUAGCCACCCCACACCUAUCACGAAGAAUAACAUUCUCUAUGCUUCAUUGCACCUUCAGGAAUCUGAUUUACCAUAGAUGACAAGGUAUCAUUCUAACUGCAUUAAGAGACUUCAACUGGAGUAUAAACCAAAGGGGAAGCAAUUGAACAUUGGAAAAAAACAAAUUCAGCUGUAACCACGGCUUUCACGGAGAUGGUUGGUUUGGCGGGCGGGGGAACUCAUCUCUAUCCCUCGCCCCAAAUGCAACCCAAUCCAGAGUUGAGAGAAAUGACUGGAAUAACUCCCAGUGCACCGACGAGUGCUGACGCUUGUCUCAGCAUCGUUCAUUCUCUUAUGUGCCAUCGUCAAGGGGGUGAGAGCGAGGGCUUCAGCAAACGUGCCAUUGAAUCGCUGGUGAAAAAGCUCAAGGAAAAACGGGACGAAUUAGACAGUCUCAUAACUGCCAUAACAACCAACGGUGCACAUCCCAGCAAAUGUGUGACAAUACAAAGAACCCUCGAUGGUAGAUUACAAGUAGCAGGACGAAAAGGUUUUCCCCAUGUGAUAUACGCAAGAAUAUGGCGAUGGCCGGAUUUACAUAAAAAUGAAUUGAAGCACGUUAAAUAUUGUCAAUUUGCUUUUGAUCUCAAGUGCGAUUCCGUCUGCGUGAAUCCAUAUCAUUAUGAGAGGGUGGUCUCCCCAGGAAUAGACCCGUUCUUUACAGACCUCUCAGGAUUGACACUCCAAUCUGGCGUUGGUGUGGGUCCUGGUGGCCGGCUUGUUAAAGACGAGUACACGGUCGGAGGUGGAGGAGUAACUGGCGCUGGAGCGGGUGUUGGUGUCACAACGGGAAUGGACGUUGAUACUGAACUCAAUCAGACGAUUCAGCAUCACCCACCACCCCAACAGCAGACGGCAUCGACGAAUUCCCAUCAGCAGAAUCCACAGCAGUACUUGCCAUCGUUGUCAGCAACCAAUGCCGUAUCACAAGCUCAAAACUUUUUGUACUACGCAAUUAUCGCUUCUCAUACGUGCUGGUGUAGUCUGCAUUCAUCGUUCAGACGUGGAGAAUAUUCUUUCAUACAAUUGAAGGAGUUCGCCAAUGGUGAGGGUAUGUUCGGCGGGGGCACGGGGGAUAGUGGUGUUAAUCCUCAUACAAAACUUGAAGAGGGUAACUGUCCAAGACAGACUUGGAUACCGACGCCUCAUCACAUCAAUACAAGAAACAUGCAUCAUUCCGUAGUGCAUCAAAUGGGUCACCCAUCAGCAAAUCCUCAGCAGCAACAACAGCAGCAGCAACAACAGCAGCAACAACAGCAACAGCCACAGCAACAGCAAUCACAGCCCCAAGUGACAGCAUCCCAACAAUCCCAACAACCGCUGAAUCCCACUAAUGGAAGUGGCAAUAGUCAAAUAUUAAAUUCAAACCAAGGCCAAAGCACCGAUCAAUUUUACACAACAGGUACUCCAACGCAGGAUCUUAAUCAAGCACCAGCAGGAACAACCGUGGACGCUCUGACAGCAUCUCUAGCAGCUGGAACAAGCCAAAGUUCUCCAGUAUCUCCUGUCCACCUGCAUCACGAGAAUGGCUUCAACGUGGCAGCAGCAGCAGUAGCAGCAGCAGCGGCAGCAGCAGCUAAUCCAUACAACACAGGUGCACCACAAUGGACGGGAGCAAACACUCUGACUUAUACACAAACAAUGCAACCACCAGAUCAUCGACAUCUCCAUCCAACAUCAUAUUGGGGUGGCCAUGGCAACGAUGUCAGUGGUAAUUUAGGAGGGCUUUUAUCAACUCAACCAGCCCCAGAAUACUGGUGUUCAGUUGGAUAUUUUGAACUGGACACUCAAGUUGGUGAAACAUUCAAAGUUAGUAGUGGAUGUCCAACAGUGACUGUUGAUGGUUACGUUGAUCCAAGUGGUGGUAACAGAUUCUGCUUAGGUGCAUUGAGCAAUGUUCACAGGACAGAGCAGAGUGAACGGGCUCGUCUGCACAUUGGCAAAGGUGUUGUUCUGGAUUUACGUGGUGAGGGUGAUGUCUGGUUACGAUGCCAAAGUGAGCACAGUGUUUUUGUUCAGUCUUAUUAUCUUGAUAGAGAAGCUGGCAGGGCACCUGGCGAUGCUGUUCAUAAAAUUUAUCCCUCAGCGUACAUCAAGGUAUUUGAUUUGCGCCAGUGUCACAAGCAAAUGAGGGGGCAAGCUGCCACUGCACAGGCUGCUGCUGCUGCGCAAGCUGCUGCUGUUGCUGGCCAUUUGACUCAUGGAGCACCCAUUACCAAAAGUCUGAGUGCAGCUGCAGGUAUUGGGGUGGAUGAUCUACGGAGACUCUGCAUUCUGCGAUUGAGCUUCGUCAAGGGCUGGGGCCCUGAUUAUCCCCGGCAAAGUAUUAAGGAAACUCCCUGCUGGAUUGAGGUACAUUUACAUCGGGCACUACAGCUUCUUGACGAAGUACUACACACGAUGCCCAUUGAUGGGCCUCGUGCUAUCGAGUGAAUUAUUAAAUACUCUUCUGUUAUUUUCAAAAUUAUUUGACGUGGAAAAAAAAUUGCACCUGCUGACAAGAUUACGCGGGCUUUUGUUCACCUUGCGGUCUUGGUUUUCGAAUGAGGUACAAAUUUUUUGAAAAUAUUUACAAUUUAAUCGACAACAUUGACGACGGCAACAGUAACAACAAAAGUACCAAAACUGUCACGGUUUAUCAGUGGACGAAGGGGAAUGAAAGGGGAUGGGUGGAGGGAAGAAUGAAAUUUUAUCGCGAAAUUAUUUUUAAACGACAAAAUUUUAUUGAAAUGGGAGAUGAAAGAAAAACAAAUAUAUUUUAAUAUAAAUGAACCAAAUACGAUGCGGUCUUUUGGAUUACUGAACUCGAGUAUCACUUGAAAGCUUGUUAAAUCAAGAUUGAGAUUAGCCGUAGAUGAGAUGUACAGUUUGUACGAAUACUUUUGACAUUCACUUUGGAGCUAAUGAUUUACUUCAUUCGAUUGAUUAUACCGCUGCAUCUCUUGAUGCAACACAUGUAGUGUUACAAAACGACUGACAACUUAAUGAUGAAAGAUACUCUAAAAAGAAUGUUCAAUGUGAAUUCCAUAGAAUUUCAUAGAAUAAUUCGAAAACAAGUCAACAGGUUCAUGCACAGUUAAAAGAUUUUGUUUGAAGUUUCCUGGUGGAAUUUCGGAAAUUAUUAUAACGUUGAAAUUCCAUUGAAAUGUUUCAUUUCAUUGAAAAUUCAAAUUAAUCGAUGAUAAUUAAUUUACUCAUCAAGUCUCAGUGAAACUGGACGUUUCAUGAUUUUUUUAAUGGAAAUUUAUUUUUUUUGUCGGACAGUAUAUACUUAUAUUGACGUUGAUUGAUUUAUCUUGGUGAAAAUAGUUUCAUACGUUCUCCAUCUGUUUGUAUGAUGUAUUGUUUCCUCGAAUUUGUUUGUGUAUUGAAGAAGAAUCUCAUGGAAAAUAAUUUGUCAGAGCUCUCAUAUCGGUCAAAGGAGAUCUGGGGGGGGGGGCAGAAAAUAUUGGAGAGUUCUUUCGAGGCCAAAUAAUCUAUCGUGUUGUUCAAAAUCAGCCAUAAAAACAAGAAAAUAAUAGCCUCAACAGCAAAUAUAUUGCAAUGAUGUCAUAAUUACCAACACUUUUCAUUUCAAACCGGAAUGUGCCAUCUCUUGAAUGAACAUGAAAAAAUAACCAAGUUGAUAAUAUACUUUGCAAAACAAUAGAAUGAUAUACUAAUAGAUAAGAAUCAAUGUUUCAAAUUAAGAAUAAAAUUUUUGUACGAUGCGAAUUAUUCUUAAGGUGUUGAGUCCUAGUAAUCCAGAAUGAUGACAGAAUGAAUGAUUCAUAGUAAUAGUAGUUCUCGAUUAAUGCAAUAAAUGCACUCACUCAUUUCUAACAUUAUCAUUAGUAUAUGCAAGUAUAUCACAGCAGUAAAAUAAUUUUAAGGUGACAAUUUAGAUACUUCAUUUUACUUUGGUGAAAAAAAAUGAGGAAAACUACACGCACACAAUCAGGAUUUAUUCAAUCAUAUUCAAGAUAUAUUGAUAGUAACUUUGAACGAUCGUGAAUGAAAAGCCAAGCCGGUGAAUUAAUGGAAUGUCAUCCAUCAUUGUUUCAAUAAUCGAGUGAAAUUUAUUCAAUGCGAGUAACGUCGAGUUGUCUCAUUUGAGAAAUAUAUUAUCGAUAUAAUGCCAAAGAAUUUUUUGCUUAGUUGAGUCGAUAUUUUGCCCCAACAAUUUUUAACUUCCAGAAAUAAUUGAAUGUUUUUUCUUUCGAUCCCAGCUCCAAAGAGGACACGAUGAGGUAUGAUGUGUAACAGUUGUAGAUCUAGGAUGGUAAAAAUCUUGUAUGUGGAAAAAAUAUGUACAGAAGAAUGUCAUUUUUUUAAACACUUUUUGUUUUUUUUUUUUUAAGAUAAAUGGUGGUAAUAAUGAUGAUCAUGAUCUCUACAUACAGUACAUUAGGUUUCCCGAAUGAAAAAGUCUUUCGAAGGAUAUAAUAAACUUUAUCCAAUGAAAUUAUCAUUGUUAAACUGAAGCCUGUUGUUCGUUAGUCACAUUUUUCCCAUAAUAAUUUCCAUUUUUAUCGAUUGCUGCAUUGUAAUCCACGACAUUAGCUAGAGCUUCUUCAAUCGCACGAUCUAUAUUA